AUGAGCACCUUAGCCCCUCAGGGCGUUGCGAAGAGACUUUCUGAGAAUGGAUUGAUAGCAGUGACUUGGGUUGGUGCUGUCUUGGGCGUCGUCUUCGCCAGUGUCCGCAUAGGAAUUCGCCUCAGACGGAUGAAACGCCUCCUCGCCGACGAUUACUUUGUCCUUGCGGCUCUCGCCUUCCUCAUCACCAACGCAGCUCUCCAGACGGUACAGGCGCCGCAUCUCUACUACAUGCUGUUGAACAAAGGAGGUCCUGAUAUGCGCUACCACGCCACUUUGUACAUACGCUACGAGUUUGUGAUUAUCGGUAUCUUCUGGUCGGUCUUGUGGUGUAUCAAGGGCUCAUUCCUGGCGCUGUUCUGGAUAAUCUCGGAUGGACUGCCGCAGUAUCGGUGCGCGUGGUGGGGGAUCUCGAUCUUUACGGUGUUGACGUACAUCGGUUGUUGGCUGGGCUCGGUGCUGAACUGUCAUCCUCCCUCGAAUUAUUUCAAACUUGGAAAAUGCACCAAGCCAAUCGAUAUCCAGGCUUCGUUGAUCUCAAUCUGUUAUAGCACGGCUGUUGAUAUCAGCACUGAUUUGAUGAUCAUGUACUUCCCUCUGCGCAUCCUGUGGAAAACCAAGAUGAACCUCCGCCAGAAACUCGGUCUGGCCACCGUCUUCUGUCUCGCUUUUAUCAUCAUCGCUGCGUCCAUUGUUCGCGCCGUCGCUAUCACCGGCAAGUCAUACUCGGAUCAGGCCGCUCUGUCCGUCUGGAGUAUCGCCGAAUCUUCCAUCUCAAUGAUCGUUGGAUGCCUCCCCCCCUUCAAGACCUUCGUUUCUGGAAAUAACAGCAGCGCGAACUACAACUACAACUAUAACUCGUCAAGGCUUGCUGGGAACAACUACGAUCGCUCCUCCGCCCGAAUCAAGAGACGCUCUGUCACCACGGGCAGCUGGAGUGAAUUGCCUAUACCCCUGCAGGAAAGAAGCCGGAAUACAUACCAGAACCUGGAAUAUGGGGCACAAAGAAAGAAUGAUGUGCAUAUCGUCACGGGAGGUGUCUCACCUUCAGACCACUCUCGAUUGAGCAUAUCGGAGGAUGGGUCUGGACAUAAUGAAAUUAGAAUGGUCAAGGAGUUUUGUGGUAACCUCAAAAUAAAGCAUGUUUUGAAUGUCAGUCUGUGA